AUGGGUGGUGCUGGCAAUGAAGAGAAAGCUGUGGUAGAGAGCAGAGAAUGGUACUUGGCGGCCCAUGCACCAGAAGGUGUUCCAACCUCCGAUCAUCUCAAACUCCGUACUGUCCCGCUAUCGCUCUGCACCGAUUUGAUCCCUGACCGCCAUCUCGUCGUCCAAAACCUCCUGAUCUCUGUUGAUCCGUAUCAUCGUGCCCAAAUGACUGGUCUUGAAGACGGGCUUUACUUGCCUCAGUUCAAACUAAAUGAGGUGAUAACUGCAAUCACUGUUGGAAGGGUAAUUCGAUCAAAGGACAAUAAUUACAAGGAGGGUGAUAUUGUCCUUAAUCUUUUCUCUCCGGUUGCUGAGCAUUGUGUUGUACCAUCCGAGUUACACAUACAGAAGGUUGAUCCAACAUCUGGGGUUCCGUUGCCUGAUUAUCUCAGUUCUAUAGGGAUACCAGGUUUUGCAGCGUGGGUGGGUAUAGAGGUGCUAGGAGAUCCAAAGCCAGGGUCAAAUGUGUUUAUUUCAGCAGCGGCUGGAGCGGUCGGAAUGUAUGCCGGACAAUUGGCUAAGCUCAGAGGUUGCCGGGUCAUCGGAAGCACUGGAUCUGAUGAGAAGGUAAAGCUCAUAAAGGAGGAAUUUGGAUAUGAUGAUGCAUUCAACUACAACAAAGAAACAGAUUUAGAUGCUGCUUUAAGCAAAUACUUCCCAGAUGGCAUUGAUGUUUAUUUUGACAAUGUUGGUGGCAAGAUGCUUGAGGUGGCCCUCAACCAUGUCAACAAGCAUGCACGAAUUCCGGUCUGCGGCAUGAUAUCUCAAUAUAAGGAGAUCUGGACAGAGAGAGAAGGGGUGAGAAAUCUUCUGAAUAUAGUAGGCAAGGAGGUAAGGAUGGAAGGGUUUAUGCUGUUAUCAUAUUUCAAUCGCUUCGGGGAUUUUACAAAGGAAAUGCAGAGCUACAUAAAAGAAGGCAAGAUUAGUUCUAAGCUCAAAAUCUACCAUGGAAUUGAGAGCUACUUGGAGAGCUUAGGCUCUGUCUUCACGAGCUCCAAUGCUGGAAAAGUUGUAAUUGAAGUUAAUUUGCAUGUUUGA